AUGACUUCAUUUGAGAUGCAAGAACAAUACUCUUUAUAAGAUUCCCUUCUUUCUGAUGCUUCUUCAAUGUCUAUCGAGUAAAGAUCAAGAAGCCGCACUUUAAAUAAAACAGUGAAAUGGAAACUUGAAUAAUUUCAUGAAAAGAAUGUGAUGCAAGAAGAAUAAGAAAAGAUCUAGCGAGUUAUUAAAAUAUAUGAUGAUAAUUUAAAUGAUGAACAUGGUCAAAAUGAUAACAAUUUUUUUGAGGAAUACUUAUCUUGGCUUCCAGUCAUUCUACCUAAACGAGUUUGGCCUUGGAAGAUAUUUGUAGCAAUUACAACUCUCUUUGUUUUUUUCGAAGUACCAAUCUAUGUAAUGUAUGGGGAUGAUUUUUGGAAGGUAUAAGUGUAUAUAAUUAAAGGAACUUAUAAAUCCAGCAGGACGAUAUACUUUAUUUUAUGGAAUCUUUAUAAUACUUUUAACAGACAUGCUUCUUGAUUUUGUAACCUCAUACUAUAAACAUGGAAAUCUUGUUUUGGAUAAAAGAAAGAUAGCCAUGCAUUAUUUUUAUGGAUAUUUUGUUUUUGAUUGCGUUGCUGUAUAUAUUUAUUUAUUAAGACUAGUUAUUCUCUUGUGUUAUUAGAUUAGCAGUAGAUACUAAUCAUCUGAGAUUCAUCUUCUUUAUGUUCUAUUUCAAAUUACCUUCUUUACUUAGAAUUGAUCAUCAAAUUGCAGAAUUGAUAUUACUCCAUAAAAGAUUAAGAACAUUCUAUCAAAUAACAAAAAUGUUAAUAUUCAUGUUCUUCUGCUUCAAUUUUUAUUGUUGUAUUUGGUAUGUGUUAGGAAUUUAUGGUGAUAAUAUACAUAUUAAUACAUGGUUAAAUGUACCAGGUAAUUUUGGUGUCAUCAAAGACAAAUCAAUUCAUGAAAUUUACUUUUAUUCUUUCUAUUUUAGUUUGAAUGUGCUAUCUACAACUAUGGGUUUUGGUGAUAUUGUAAAUAUAUUAUUAAUCUAUAUUUUAGUCUCCUAUGAAUAUAUAUGAAUGUUCCUUUGCUCUCUUUGGUGUUAUGUUUGCUGUUGUUGUAUUUGCAUUGAAUAUUAAUAACUUUUAAAAGAUGAUGGAAGAAUACAAUUCGUAUUAUAUGCAAAGAUUCAAAUAAAAAGUAAUGUUCUAAUAUUAAUAUUAUAAGGUGUCUAUUAAUAAAUUUAUGGAAUAAAAGAAUGUACCUUCUGAAUUAAGAGAACGUAUUAGAUAAUAUAUAAAUGAACAUUGGGCAGAGGAAGGAAGUAGAGAUUAGGAAAGUGAACAAUAAGUAUUUGAAAUUCUAGCACCUGAAUUAAAAUAAGAAUUGAUGUAUUAAUCUUUAGGAUAGUUUCUCUAAAAAACUAUGUUUGCUAAUCAUUUCACUAAACCUUUUUUAAAAGAAUUAGCUUAAAAAAUUAGAGAACAAUCAUUUUCUUAAGGAGAUGAGAUUAUUGGUGUAGGAUCUACAGACUAAACUGAUGAUUUAAGCAUUUAUUACAUUGUUGGAGGUUCUGUUAUUGUAAAACCAGGAAAUAGUGAAAUUAUUAAAAAAAGAUUGGGAUUGUAUAGUUAUUUCGGAGAAUGGUCAUUCUUUACAGGUUAUUAUUAUAAUAUAUAUUAGGUUUUCCAAGAACUGGUACAGUGAAUGCUAGAGAAUAUUCAUAAGUUUAUGCAAUUACAAGAGCUGACUUUUUAGAAACAUUAAAGAAAUUUCCUGAAGAUUUUGAAAUGUAUUGUCAAAUAAGAGAUAAAUUAUUAUUCACUAAAGAAUAUAACUUAGUAGAAUAACAAUGUUAUACUUGUAAUAAUACAGAUCAUUAUGCUGAUUAAUGUCCUAAAACUCAUUAUGUACCAUUAGUUCAAGAAUUGAUUGAAGAAUCUACAGUUUUAGACCUUAAAUAGGAUAGAGUUAAAAUAUAGAGAUUCGAUAGAAAAUAAUGGGCUACUAGAGCUAAUGCAACAACUCUAAUCAAAGGGUUAAGUAAUAACAAAUUGAAAAAGAAGGCUAAUCUUAUGCUAAAAACAUAGAGAGCUUUAAAGAAAAAUACAGUUAAGAUUGAUAAACCAUUAAUUCCUUAAUGGCAAGUUAAAGAAUUUAAGAGUUUAGAUGAAGAAUAAGCAGCUAAUCCAAUGUUAGAUGAAAUGACAGAGAGUUAAAAUCUUAAUACUUAAUCAUUUGAUAAUGAUAAUCCUUAAAAAUAAUAAUAAGGUUAAUUGAAAAACUUUGCUAUUCAAACAUUAACUUAAUCUGCUAUGUAAUAAUCAGCUUUAUUGAGUUCAAAAGUUGUUGAAAAUCCUAAUCAAUCUUAAUCAUAAUAAAGAGAUAAUGUGAUGGCUGAAUAUUAAAAGAUAAUACAACCAACUAUCAAGACAGGAGUGGAAUAAUUUGAUGCACCUGCUAAUUACAAGAAUUAUUAUAGAAAAUAUAACAGCAAUAAUUAUUAGGAAUUCAAAAAUGUUAAAAUAAUUUAAAAAGAUAAAAUAUAGAAUAUGAGACAGUCAAUAAUGUUUAAAUGAG